CACAGUGGAGUACUAUAUGUCAGUGGAGUUUGUAUCCUUGAAAUUUCCUGCCAGACUCCACUUCCUCAUUGCUCACAUUCAAAUACACUGCGCAGACCAAACACUUGGGGCAGCCAGUAAUGACGUCACUGGUCUGCAAAGGACGCUUAGUUUUCCCAUAGUAAAUAUGGCGAUAUGGACGAUGACGUAUAAGCACCACUGCGCCUUGAUGAUACUGAGGGCGAUUAAUAACGCGACAGAUGUGACGAGACUUAGAAUGCUUAGAAUCUUCCGGAAGCGUUUGGAACGCAUUGAGACCAUGUGAGAACACCAAAAUGGAACGCAUGGAUGAUUGAGACUCCCUGUGUAAUCCAGGCUAGCUCCAUUAACGGGAUAACAGCUUUGUGGAGGGAGGUCAGUGAUGGCAUUGUAAGAUGAUGGAUACUUUUUUUUUCUUUUCCACCCAGUUUCUCUGUUUCGUAAAACCUUGCUGAUCUUGCAGAUGCUGCAGUUUGGCUUAUUUCAAGUUUUCAAAUAAAAUGGUGAAGUUUCUAGUUCAGAUUUAUAUAUCUUGUGUGCAUUGUAUAUUUCCUUGCCUUUCUAUUCUGUCUGUCAUGUUAAAGUGUAGUUUUGCUAGCCCUGUAUGUAAUUAUUUUAUGCACCUAUAUGCAUUCCUGUAUUUCCCCUUUGAUUUCUGACUGACCUCUGACCCCUACCUUCUUUUAUUGAUAUGUUUGUUUUUAUUUUAAUAACUAUUCCUUCAUCUGUGUGCCUAGAUACAUGCCCCCUCCCUUAGCUUUAUGGCAAGCCUAUCUGACCCUCCAUAGAGCUUUAUUCAACAGCCUGAUUUCACAAUUAUCAAGCCCCCAAUACUGCUGUAAGAAAGUCUGAUACCCUCACUCCCUUCGUUAUUACCUUUAUAGAUUGUCUGUCACAUCCAAAUUUUAGAUUUAAAAAAAAAAAGGUGUACACACUGCCUCUUAUUAAUACACUCCUGCACGUUCUUAACCCAUACUACGUAAUAUUUACUCUACCUUCACCUGCUCUUGAUAUUCCAAUUAUUUUCAAUUGACUUUUUCCCAGUUUAGCAAUGAUCUGUCUUCUUCUCCUCUUUAUUUCCUCCUUCAGUAUAAAAACCUCUCCUCCUUAUACCCACUUCACUCAUCCCCAUCCAAAUUUACAUUUGCCCCUCUCUGCUACACUCCCCCCUUCUCUUAUCUCCUGCCUUGCACUCAAACCUUACCUGUCCUUGCUCUGCAAACUCCUUCUACAAUUCCACCCUCUCGUCUCAACUAGACGUCAUGGCACCUCCUACAUUUAAACGCAGCAAGCGCCCCCAACAGCAACCCUGGCACACCAAGCUGACUCGAUAUCUCCAAAAAUGCUCCAUAAUUACUGAACGCUGUUGGAGAAAGUCUUACUGUGCGUCUGACUGUCUCCACUAUAAAUUUAUGCUGCGCUUAUACAGCUUGGCUCUUUCCUCUCCAAAAGUAAAUUACCCCAAUACCAUCAUAACCAUACUCUCCCGUGAACCCAAAUGACUAUUUCACACAUUUAACUCCCUUCUUCACCCUAUUGUUCCUCCUCCACCUACUAACUUGACCGCCUCAGACUUUGCAACUCACUUCACUGACAAGAUCUCUACAAUCAGGGAAGAGAUCUCUCAUCUUUCUUCUUCCUCUAACCUCACUUCCUCUGUUGUUCUAUGUUCAUUCGCACCCACUACAGCGGAAGAGGUUUCUGCUCUGCUCCAGUCCUCCCGCCCCACCACCUGCUCCCUAGAUCCAAUUCCUUCACAUCUCAUCCGUACUCUCUUCUUCUCCUUCUCUACCUCUCACUAAAAUUUUCCCCUCUUUCCCCCUCUUUCCCCCUCUCCGGCAUAUUUCCAUCGCCCUUCAAACAUGCAACUAUAACCCCAAUUCUAAAGAAGCCCAACCUUGACCCUAACUCCCCGUCCAACUACCUUCCUAUCUCGCUACUGCCAUUUGCAUUUAAGAUCCUUGAGAUUGACAGACUUCCUCAAGUCCAAUUCUCUGCUAGACCCGCUUCAGUCUGGUUUCUGCGCUAAGCACUCUGUGGAAACGGCACUGACCAAAGUAUCCAAUGAUCUACGCUGCAAAAUCUUGUGGUCACUACUCUGUCCUAAUUCUCCUUGACCUUUCUGCAGCUUUUGGCACUGUUGAUCAUAAGCAGCUUCUUCUCAUGCUCCGCGAUGUCGGUCUACAAGAUAUUGGCCUCUCCCAGUGCUCUUUCAGUGUAUCUUUUUCUGGCUCUGCUCCUUCUCCCCAACUCCUCUCUGUUAGUGUCCCCCAAGGUUCAGUCCUUGGUCCCCUACUGUUCUCCAUCUACACUGACUCCCUUUUUAAACUCAUCAGUUCCUUUGGCUUCCAAAUAUAAUCUAUCUGUCCUCUCCUGAUCUCUCCCCGUCCCUCUUGACUAGUAUCAAGAGGGACUUCCAAAUAUAAUCUAUCUGUCCUCUCCUGAUCUCUCCCCGUCCCUUUUGACUAGUAUCAAGAGAGACUUCCAAAUAUAAUCUAUCUGUCCUCUCCUGAUCUCUCCCCGUCCCUCUUGACUAGUAUCUCUGACUGCCUUUCUGCUAUUUCUAACUGGAUGGCUGCCCACUUCCUUAAACUCAACUUGACCAAAACUGAAAUUCUGGUCUUUCCUCCCUCAAGUGUUGCUACUCCUGUGUCUGUCUCCCUCCAAGUCAACGGUGCUAACAUCAGCUCCACCACUCAGGCUCGCUGCCUAGGUGUUCUUUUGGCUCCGACCUCUCCUUCACGCCUCAUGUUCAUUCUAUCGCCAAAUCCUGCCGCUUCCAUCUCAAAAACAUUGCGCACAUCCAACCCUACUUAACGCCAGAUGCGACAAAGGUGCUGGUCCAUUCCACUGUCCUUUCUCGCCUUGACUACUGUAAACCGCUUCUCAGUGGUCUUAGGUGCUCCCAACUCGCACUGUUACAGUCCAUAAUGAAUGCCGUGGUGAGGCUCAUCUUCCUGUAUGCCCGCACCGCCCACGCAUCACCCUUCUGUCAGUCCCUACAUUGGCUUCCUGUAAGACAUAGGACUCAAUUUAAAAUUCUGGUUCUUGCUUUCAAAUCUCUACAUAAUGCUGCUCCCACCUAUCUGUCCUCCCUAAUACACAAGUAUGUCCCAACUAGGCCCUUACGCUCUGCUGAAGACUUACGUCUAUCUUCUGUCCUCCCACCUCUGAUGCUCGCCUUCAAGACUUCUCGAGGGCUGCACCGUUCCUGUGGAACUCGCUUCCCUCCUCUGUUAGAUGCUCACCCAACUCCUUCAAAAAAAUCAUUAAAAACCCACUUCUUCAUAAAAGCGUAUCAAUUAAACUGUUAAUAGCUCCUAACUGAUUCCUCUCUUGCAACUGUCAUUAGUCUAAUACUGUCCUUACCUUUUGUGUCACUUUACCCCACUCCCUCUAGCAUGUAAGCUCAUUCAGCAGGGCCUUCAACCCCUCUGUUCCUGUGUGUCCAAUUUUUCUGGUUACAACAAGUUUGUUCGUCCACCCACUGUAAAGCGCUGCAGAAUUUGUUGGCGCUAUAUAAAUAAUAACAUAAUAAUACAGAUCUUUUUAGAGAGUAAAAUUGGUAUACUUACUGUCACAAAUAACUGGUUUAAGUACAAAACGUUAUUAUUUAUUAACCUGUCAUGAAGGCAAAAUUGGAGAGACUGGAUCUCUUGAACCUAUUUUACCUAGGAUCUAGCUCAUACCGGCCACUCUGUCUUUAUUCAAAUGGUUCCACACGAUUUACCUAUUCUAAAAUGAUUUAACUCUUAACAGCAGGACGACACCAGAGGACUCCUGUCAUCAUAUGGUGCCUAGAGUGCCACUUUAAUUGGAAACUGGAAGCAUCAUAACAACUGUAAUGUAUUGCAGUGUUUAUGGUGCUAGGAGUAUACAGUGUAGUCAUUUUGGUUUUCUUGGCCGACAAAGCCCAACAACUCAGCUUGUCUCACCUUCCUAGAUAUUUAUCAACACAUUAAUGGCUGCUGAUGAGCAUUUCCAAUGUCGACAUGAUCAAAAUCUCACUGUUCUGAUAUUUUCUAAUGACGCUUCUAAUUUUAUUGGUUUCGUGUAAAAAGGGCACAGUAGCAUACGUUAAGCACUCAAGUUUAGGUGAUCACAAUUCUGCUAAAGAGAAGUUAUAAAAACGUUUUAAUGAGACCAUCAAAAAGUUAGUGAAUUUAUUGUAACUCUUUUUAACAAAUAACCAAUGCAUGCAACAAGCACCACAAUCACCUACCUUGACAUGAUGGUGUGUACAAGCAUUGUUAACUAACAAUUCCUCAUUAACCCCUUAAGGAUCAAACUUCUGGAAUAAAAGGGAAUCAUGACAUGCCACACAUGUCGUGUCCUUAAGGGGUUAAAAAAAACUAGAAAAGUUAGACAAAUGUAUCGAUUAGUUAUGGAUGCUGAAUGGUAAAGUAGGUCCUAGUUUCUCAACCUAUGGUAUAUGUAGCCCAGAUAGUACACGCACCAAAGGCAUGGGGACGGCUUUGCGCCCCCCACGAGGCAUCAGACUGUGGGAGAAUGGAGACGGAGAGCUGUACCUUUCAUGAUUUACCAACACUGCUCUCUUGCGUACCUUGCGGUGAUGCCGGCAUCUGGGUUAUGAUGUCACUCUGGCCCCAGCAUCACUAAACCGCACACGAGGGAGCAGUGCUGGAAGAGCACAAAGAUUACACAUGACCCAGACAGGACACCAUGGAAAGGAUCCACUCCAGUUCUCCCAAAGGUAGGGAGGCUGGGUGGACUUUAAAAAAAAUAUAAUAAAUAUAAUAAUAAUUUGUGUAUGUUUGAGAAAGUGUAUGUGUCUGUCAGUGAUUGCCAGUGUCAAAUCUGUGAGAGUGUGAGUUAGUAAAUGUGUCUGUCAGUGUCCUCUGUGUGUAAAUGGGUGUGUGUCGGUGUCAUGUGUGUCAUUUUUUUUUCUGUGUGUAAAUGUGUGUUUCUUUCCUCUGUGUGAAAAUGUGUGUUGUCCGUGUCCUGUGUGUGCUUCAGUGUCCUCUGUGUGUAACUGGGUAUGUAUAAUAUGUGUGUGUUAUAUUUUCAUUUUUGUGAUUUCAGAUUAAUAGUUCAUACACUCAUCCUUACUUCCUUCAUAUUCACAUUAUAUCAUAUUUAUGUAAAAUAUAUUCUUUACAACAUUUAAUCAAGCAUGUUCUCCAAUAUAGGAUUAACUUAAAUAUCAGUGUCUACAUAUUUCAAUUGGAAUUUAAAUCAAUAGAAAUUGCUUUUUUCGAGGCAGGGUUAGUAAGUAAUUGUUUUAGACCUGCAGGUGUAGAUCUCUGUAAAGAAUUGAGAAACACUGAUGUAAGGGUGAAAAAUAUUUGUAUUGCUAGCUGAAUGUAAAUUAACUAAUUUGGCACCACUGAAUUUACACAUUUUAACACUGUAUCACAAGAAAACAUUUGGUGGUAGCGAAUUAAGGAAUAUUUCAUAUCUUGUGUUUAUUGAUGUUUGAGUGCCCUUUUUUUUAUUGUAAACCUUUGCGAGCUGAGAAUGAUGACUUCUCAUUGAUCUGUCCUUUUCCUGACUUAUGCUUUUGUCUGUGCUGACACUGCUACUCUGAAUAUUUCACUGUCUUAAAUAAUAAAAAUGUGUAACUAAUUAGUUGUACAAAAUAACAAUUAAAAAAAAUUGUAGCCCCUGCCGCAUUUUAGUAUAUUCUCUUUGAGGAAGCAAAUGUCCUAGUUUUUUUUGUUUGUUUUGUUGCUGCAGGAUGGACUUGGAUGAUUGGCAGGUGGUCAAAAAGAAAAAGGCAGCCAAGAAAAUGGUCAGAAGAAAAGAGCAGCCUAUUUUUAAAGCAGAAACCUGCCCCGAGGUCCAUGUUCCUGAAUCCGUCGAAGAACAAAACAACAUGGUCCAGAGAAUUUAUUACACUGUGUGAGUAACUUACAUAGCAUUUCCCAUUUUUUACAUUGAUUAUUUUGCAGUAUACACCCCUCCAACAAAGCAAUGUAUUAUUUGUUGUUGUUUUUUAUCUCUAAACACUGCAUAUUAAUACAACAGCUUUUACAAGUUUUACCUAUAUUGUGUUGAAUUUCUGUAAUUUAAACCAGGGAGAAUCUGAAACAGUCUGAAUUUUGGGGUUCUUGCCAAGGUAAGUGCAAUGUAAGACAAUAUGUGCUACACAAAAUAUUGAAAUCCCUAUGUUAUAACAGUGCCUUUCUUGUGUAAUGACAAUUAAACCCUGUUGUUUAGAGAAAGGUGGUAAACAGAUCUGCAAAAGGUGAGGAAAUUAAUUUUAAGCUGUAUUUUGGUUGUCAGUUUGAUGUUUUAUCCUUUUUGAACAAAACUAGAAUUCCAGACAUGGUCAGUGUAAAAGACACAGCUGAAAAUGAAUUACCAGCAGCUAUGUAUUAAGAUGGACUACAUUUCCCCUGAUGCUUUGCCAGCAUUAUGGGAGAUGUAACUCACAACAAUCUGGAGUGCCCAAAGUAGCCUAUCCCUAUACUAGGAUAUACAUAAAUUCUAGAAUGUUAAUGUGUCUUGGUUGAUUGUAGAACUUCACUUCUCUAUAACAUAAGUGAGGCUCUAAUGCUGUUGUACCCUUUUAUUUCAAUUAGAAUGUUUUCACGUGACUUUAGAAGAAAAUGAUUCAGGCAAACAUCAAGUGGGAAGUCAACAUGUUCAUACACUCCACAACUCGGACUGUGUGUGCUAUGGACUUGGGAAUUUUUCUUCCUGUGUAAUUGCUCGACACCAACUAGCUUUCCUGCUUUUGUUCCUAGAACAAUUUAAGGUAAUCAAAAUCACAAAUAAAAAGCAUUGUACUUAUUUUCUGGUCUUUAUGAUCAUUCGUAGAAAAAAAACAUUAUUUUAUAUGCUUUAGUGCUGUAUUGCACACUUUUGUACAGCAUCAGCUGCAUAUAUAUAAUGCUUAUCCAACUACACUACAGAAUUCCCUGCAUAUAUGGACUGAUUAAUGUGGAAUAGGGAUAGUCCUAGCUUUUCUUUAAAGAAACACUCCAAACACUAUAACCAUUGCAUCGCGCUGAAGUGCUAUGGUGCCCAAUGCCCAACCCACCGUAAGUAGCUAAGCCAUUUUAGAAUAGUUUGAAUACCUACCUAGGGGACAUUCCAUUAACCAGCUGCUGUUCUUCAGCUAACGAUCUAAGCAAGGCAAAAUCAGGCUUAGCUCUGAGCUAAGAGUUUCCUACCAGAGAUGAGGCAGUAAGUGGUGCCCCGGCAGACCCUAGGUUCAACUACGUACAGUAGAGUGAGUUCCAGGGCACUCUUGGCGCUAUAACCACUAUAUAUACUGUUGUGGUACUUGGAGUGUUCCUUUAAUAACAUAAAAGCAUCCAAGAGACAAAAUAAUUCCUGAAUACAUGUUUUUUUCGACUAUGAUUUUGUUGUUUGUUUAAUAAUCCUAAAUAACACGUGUUAAAGGGACAUGCAUCACUUGACAAUAUUUUAUUUAACCAGCAAGUAAAGACUCUUAAACAAAUAUACAAACCAAAAUAAAAUGAGAAAAACUUUAUAAACGGUUAUUACAUACUUUUCAAACUUACUAUAAAGUUGAUCAGAUUGCAUUGUUGGAUAUGCUUUUCAACUAGGGGUCUUUCCUCAGCUUCCCCCCUCCACCUCUUAUGAACCCAUCUCCGUUUUACUCAGUCUACUAAUAACAGAAAUACGACAUCAUUGUGCAGCAGGAAGUGAGAAACUCAACAUGGGGUCUACUCUGCAUCAUACUGACCAGACUCCCUCUCUUCAGGAUGUUGCAAUGUGAAGGGAUCUUCCAAUUAGACAUGUAUAAAUUUGUCAGGCAUGCCUAAUACACUUUUCCAGCAUUCCUAGGGAUAGGGCGCUGAUUGGGUAGAUCACGGCCCUCCCUGGAGGGGUGUGGAAAGCAUAAGAUAGAAAAACAGGUAAAUAUGAAAUAAUAUUUACCUGCUUUUUCUGCCUGCAGAGUGAGGCAACUGUCUCAGUGAAAGCUAAAAUGUUUGAAUGCUAAAAUGUUUGUCUCAAAGUGAUGAAUGCGCCUUUAACCUUGCAAUACAUGACAGCUAUAUAGAUAGAGCUAUAUUGAUAUAUAAAGUCAGCCUUCUAUUCCACAAACUGUUUCAUUUGUACAGAGAUAUGGAAAAGUGCUCCAAAUAAGUUGUGUAAAAAUAAAAAUAAGUCCUAUUGUGCAAUCUAUACUUAAAUGUGUUUUGACUUGUAUCAUUUUAAUAUAGAUCCCAAGAAACCAAACCUAUGUAUUUGACCCAGUUUUUUCUAUGCUAGAGAUUUCUGUUCUUCAGGAGCUUGGACUUAGUGUUAUUUCUGAAAAUGAGGUAAGUUUGGCAUGGGGUUUAUAUGCUGUUCCCAUUGACUUUAAGUUAGCUUUCUUUAUUUGUAAAUAGCAAGUGGCUUUGCUGUGGACAAUAUCCCGAUCUAUCAUCAGAUCGGGAAGUGUGUAACGGCCAAGCUAAAGCCUGCAUGUCAUCGUCCAAAAGUCUAUUUAUAAAUUAAUAGUUUGAGGAUCUAAGUGCUCUUGCAAAAGUCGUGUGUCUGAAAGAUCUUUGUUAGAUAGAAGUAUCAUGUUUGCCUUUUUUUAUGUCCUCUUAUUUAUCACAAAAAGAACAGGUAAUUUAUAGGUCCAAAAAAAAACUAAGUUGUAAAUGUUGUGCAUUUCUAACAAUCCAUUAUCCUUAAGACUAUUGGGGUUAAACACCUGGAAAAUACAAAUAAAUGUUAUCCUGAAAAUGUUACUAAUUGGUAUAUGUGUAUUGUUUUGCUGGUAACAGGAGGGGAAGCGUACAAUUUGUAGACACACUGUGUUCUAUAUGCCACACUGCGGGAAGGCCCUCUACAAUAAUCUGUUGUGGAGUAACUGGUCGCAGGAUGCUUUAUCCAAAUUGAUUGUAAUUGGCAACAGUUUUAAAGGCAUUGAAGAAAGGUACGUCAUUUAAAGAAAAGUUGAACAUCAUUUAAUUAAUUUAUAUUUUAUUUAUAUUUUUUUGUUUUUGCUGUGCAUGAUAAAGUACAACAUAUUGGCAGUCGUGAAAUAGCUUAAUAUCAUCAAAAGUGAUCAAUUUUCAGAAUAUACAUGACAAGCAUAUAUAAGCAUGUGAGAUAACAAAAAAAAAAGAAAAAAGCAAGUGUUAGGUCAGAGGUAAAACAGUAAGUCUUAGACAAGAUGCUAGAGAAACAAGCAGUGGUCUAAGGAAUCGUAAAAUUUCAUAAACAAUAGUGAGCGGGUGUAAAGAAGGGCCUAGUGCUCUUCCUGAUGUAGAUCAAGGGCUCAGCUAAACCCACUCCAACCAGGGGUAGAGUAGAGUCCUGCAGCUGAGUUAUGUAAGUCAGGCCUCCAAGCCUCGAUGGGAUCCAACUAGCUGUGCCAGAUGGCACAUUUGGGGAUUCCACCGGUACCUCCAACUGUUGGAGAAUUCCACCAUUGGAUCAAAACGGUACCGCAGUUGUGGACUUCUGCUGCAGAUUUGGGGUCGGCUUUUGCGGUGAGUGGUUGCACAAUUUGCUCAGAACAGGUUGGGGCAUCCUAUUCUCCACCUUGUGCCAGAAAUUGUUGAGGAUUUUGUCCAGCCUGGACAAGAUAUCAGGUUUGUCCUCUGUGGUGUCAGGGACCCACGCAGUGUCCGCCAUUUUGGCUAAGUAGCUGAAGUUUGCAGUAUCUAUUGUGGCAUUGCCUCUAGCUCCCACUAGGUCGGGUAGCCUCCCAAGGGUGGACUGGGAUCACCCCGCUUGUCCGAGGUGGGUAACAGGGCUUUAGUACAGUGUUGAUUGCCGUCAAGCAGCCCCUGCAUGGGAGAUCGGCUUCCUCCCUGUUCGAUGCGCAUCAGGCUACAUGAUCCGAACUGUGCAGUAGGUGAGCUCCUAUAAAUUAGUUGUCUAAGUGACUGAUUAGUCAUACAAGGAUGACCAGCCCAGCUUAUGUUCAACAUAUUUUCCCAUGAUUCUCGGUCAGUUAAAUUGUUGGCAGUAUGUUGUUUUAAUGCUGUCACAUAUUGAAAUCCAUUACUUUACAGGCCCAGUGUUACCCAAGUUUUUACUGUGAAGGGUCCAAAUACCAUUCUAAAGCUUACAUGAAGAACAGACUGUUUGUAAUUUUUUUUUUUAUUACUGGCUUUUUUAAAGUGCCAACAUAUUCUGCAGUGCUGAAUGUGUAAUAUUAAAAUGGUGCCAAUGACUUUAUAAAACCCAUGACCAGUACAUCAACACAGGUUCUUACAUUGGUAUCAAAUCACAAAUAUUCAAACUUGCCUGGCAUAAAAAUAUAGGUAGAUUAAAACAGGUAAAUUAAAAACCGCUGGGGGGCGGGGCCUGACAGCCAAGAUGGCCGGCAGCACUUUCUAAGAGCUCCAGCACUAAUGAGCAAAAAUAGGCAAUUUAUGAUUGAAUCGACACCCAAAGAAGCUCGGGCUGACCGGAGGGCGAAGCAGAAACAAGCAGGGACCAUAGGGAAACCCGUCUCUUAUAACAACGCCAAGAUACCACUCUGUCCGACCAUGCGGCCUAGUCCUGAGUGGGGCCAUUGGUGGGAGGCGGCCGAUCCCUCGGCACAGAACAGGCACCCAACGGCAGGCUCACAACAGCCCUGUGACCCCCCUUGGACCGGUGGGGGUUAUCCCGGUCCCCGCGGGGGUCACUUGCUGCCACACAGCUGACUGAAACCAUACAGCCACAGAAAGCACCAAAGUCAGCAGCCACAGUCUCACCCACGCGACCCUGGGAGAGCACAGAGAGUCCCACUAACUGCCUCACUGAGCAAGCAGACUUCUCUGCAAGGCUGGACGCGAUAUUCAACGAGUUUUGGAGAAAACUGGCCCAGCGUCAAAGGCAGCAAGCGAAACCUAAGCAAGACGACAGCCUACCUCAAAGUCCACGAGGUACACGCAAAAUGGCCGCUGCGCCUGGCCUCCGGCUCCCUCACAUCCAUCCUCACCGCUCAACUCCCUGUGUCAAACAGCGGACUGUAGCAGGGAUCACCUGGUCCCAAACUGGACUGGGAAGCCACAAAAGAAAGCACCCUACCCACCGCCCAUACACCCAAAAGGUCAUCCGGGCAUCGGUGCUCCCAAGGGCCCACGAUCUUAGCGCACAUCGCGGGGGGACCCAUAGACACAGGGGAACGACUCCCGUCUCAGCCUGGGCUGGGGGAGCGAAGCGGCCGCAGCUCUAUCACCAUGGAACCACUCGACGCCAGCGGCAAUACAGAUCCAAGCAGAGCACCAAGACGGCAGGAGGACUAGACUUGCAUAAACCGGUACCAUCACUACCAUCGACGGGGAUCGGCUGAUCCUGACACUGGACUCAAAGUUAGUGGACACUAUGAGCUAGGAUAUGUACACUGAGGGCCCAUCUCCUUCACACUCACACCUGAUCUUAUCACCUAGCUUACCGCAGCCUUAAUGUUUAUAUGCCAGUCAAGUUGUUCCAGCAUGCCAGUCGAUGCUCUUACCGGUAUAAUGUAAUGAAUCGUAUGUCCUGUGGUGAGAAUGUUUCGCCUCUAAGUCAACUAGCCAGAAUGACCCAGAUAUGGAGGUUGUCUAAUUUCUAGCUCACAAGGCACACAUUAAUAUAACACCAAUGUAAAAUCUGCCGUACUCUCACAAAUGACACCCAGCGGCCACUAAGCCACAGCAUUAAUAAUUAUCGUUUAGCAAAUUACGAGACUUCUUCCCUUGACAGUGUUAUUGUCAGCCUACUCAAUAUGUUUAAAUUGUGUUAACUAUCAUCUCAUUAUCUGACAAAGCUUGAAUCUGCUUGUUUAUUACUCUUAAAAAAUGUGUGUUUAUUUCUCUUAUUUGCCGCCGGACUAUGACUCCUGAAAUGCUUGUAACUAUUGUCGUGUCGCAUAGCCUGUAUGACAAUAACCGACAAUUGAAUAGCUACUAUGCCUUAGCUCGAAAUAACGGCCUGUAACGUGUAUUUAUACCUCUCACUGUGUGCAUUGUAGAAAGGGGCAGUGUUUUACUUUGCUUCACUUUACUUUACGUUACUUUGUCAUUCUUAACCUGGAACACUACACUCGGGCCACACAUCUGUUCCCCCAAACACACCCAGCUUGGUCCUAAGCAUGAUUAGUUAGGCAUGUAGUAAUAAACUACUGCCCUGCCGCAUUUAUAACACACAAGCAUUGCUUCUCCUGACAUAAAACUGUUAUAAUUCACUCGAUGUUUUGCUUAUGGUUAUCUACUUUAUUAUAAAUACGAUACCCGUGUUAGUAAUCUUAUCGAAUGCUUAAAUAAUAUAAGAUGAGGCAGUCCCUCAUAACACCCAGCAUCAUUAUCUUCAUUUUAUCUCAUCGAAUCUUACACGGACAUAUCAACUGUUUAGUUAAGCAUGUUAAAUAUAAAAAUUGUGCAAAUUAUCAUGCCACUGUCUUCCUUGUAUGAAGCCUGAAAUACGCUGUUGUGGCGUUUGUUGAUAUAUUGUGACCAUCUGCACAUCAAAAAUAAAGAAUAAAAAAGAAAAAAAAAAAUUAAAAACCGCUGUGGGGCCAAGGCUGUGCUAGAACUUUUAUAUUAAUCACUAACCCAAACACUGUAUAUAUUUAGGAGCUAUAUCUUUCAUACAGCAUAUCCAGUCUAGUUUUGUUUUUUGUACAGCUAGAUCACACUUUGCCAACAAGAUUCUGCAUGAGUCUGCAUGAAAUGCUUUAUAAGUUUCAUUCUGGGGUAGUUAAAUAGAUGUUGCUCACUUAAACCACUUACAUUUUUUAAUGGUGUACAAACCUUCAACAUUAAAAACAUGAAUCCUGAUACUUCCUGCAAUUUUGGUAAAGUUACAAAUUUUCAGUGCACACAAUGUGUCAUUUUUAUUACAAAAUGGGACUCUCCAAGCCCUAUACUCCCUAUAUAGCAUAUUGCCUUGGUUAUGGUGUAUAAAGCCUAUGGUUGCAAUUAAUCCAGUUUUUGUCAAACUGUUGUCAAGCAGCUUAGUAAAAACUGGUGAAUGCCUUGGCGUCCAGUGUGCAUGCUCAAUGAUUUGGGAACAAUAGUGAAGUUCAGUUUCUCAUCAUCUGUUUAAAAAUGUGUACCACCUAAGGAGGUAUUGUAUGCUUAAUAUAAUACUUUAUCACGGCAGUAUAGCCUUUGAUGUUUUUGUCAAAUCACUAAAGAAUGAUUUCACAAAAACUGGAGGAGUGCACAAUAGCCACUACUACAGUGGAUAUAGCGCUUAAAGAGUCCUUUUUAAGGCAGUCUUUCAUAGUAUCUUCAAAUUUUGGGUCAACCUAACUUUUAACGAGAUUGUGACUAAAGAUAUUUUCCCUCAUGCAAUGUUAAAAGCAAACAUCUUACCUAUAUUAAAACAGGGUAAAAAACCCAUCAGAUUUAACCAGUUAUCGUCCAAUCUCAUUAAUGUAUAUACAAAGUUAUUCUUCUCAAUACAAGCUGAGCGCUUUUGGACAUUUUGUUAGCUAUUAUCCAUCAGGAUCAGAUCGGUAUGUUCCAUUAAGGUCAUCUUGCAGUAAAAUCAGAAGGAUAAUUAACAUUUUUGGUUUGGCUGAGAGAACGUGUACUCCCCUCCUUAACCUGUCGUUAGAUGCAGAGAAAGCAUUCGACAGGGUGGGAUGGGAGUACAUGUUCGCUACAUUACAGUGCUAUGGUUUGAGUGAUUGGUUGCUCAGAACCAAAUCUUUUUAUAUUGUACUAACAGCUAAGGUGGUGGGUACGAUCCAGAGUGGUUUGAUGUUAAAAAAAACAGAACUAGACAGGGUUGCCCCUAUUUUGUACAUUAUAUUGAGAGAACAGAGAUAUAUAUAUAAAGGGGUACCCAAUUAAAAAACAACAGUCAAAACUCUAUUUAAAAGCAGAUGAUUUUUAUUUUUCUGAUUCAAAUAAAUCACUAAAGUAUUUGCUAGAAGAUUUAGAUAGAUUUAGUUACAUCUUUGGUUAUUAAUUAAAUAUGAGCAAAACGGUCGCUCAACUUUUUAAUCUAGAUAAAAAUGAACAAGAGUGUAUUUGUAACAGUUAUAGUUUUGACUUUUCAAAAAAUGCUUUCACUUAUUUGGAUGUUAUUAUUCCCAAAGACAUAAAAAAAAUAGUGGAAUGUAACGUUCUUGAUAAUUUAAGAUCUAUGAACAUAUUACUAAAAGAAUGGAGUAAUAAAGAGUUAUGGUACAGAAGAAUUAAUAUUAUAAAGGCGUAUGUUUUACCCAAAUGGGUUUAUUUAUUCAGAAUGUUAUCACUAAGCUUCCCAACUCCAUGGUUAGAGUUAAUCCACGAAGUUUCAGGAAUUUUGUGUGGAAAGGAAAAAUACCAUGUACAGUGGGACCUCGGUUUACAAAUGACUCGGUUAACAUAAUUUUCGGUUUACAAAUGUAAAUCCAUUGAAAAUAAUGCCUCAGUUUACAAAAUUUUUUUUUUUCAAUACAAAGCAAGUUUCCCCAGGAUGCAUUUUACCUGGGAGGUUUAUAGCACUGCCCCCUGCAUGCUGGAGCCUCGCCAUGUCGAGUGGGGAGAUGUUGGAGUGGCUUUUGCAUCGAGUUUUGGAGCCAUUCUGGAAAUUGUUUGCAGUUGUUUUGGGACUUUUUGGUGCAUUUCUCAAGCUGUGGAAAGGUAGAGAGCUGAGCUUUGUUGUUUGCAUCCCUUUUAUUGUGUGUUCUGCAUUGUGGGUUGGUUUUUAUGCCAGCUCAUUUUUACUUUUUUCUGACCUCCAGAAUGGAUUAAUUGGUUUUAAAUGCAUUCCUAUGAGAAACCGCGUUUAGGUUUAAAAAAUGUUCGCAAUAAGAAACGUCCUGGAGAACACGUUAAAUUCGUAAACCGAGGUCCCACUGUAUUAGUAUUAAUAUAUUGUAAAAAAAAUAUUAAAAUGGGUGGUUUACGUUUUCCUAUUGUUCAACAAUAUCAUGAUGCAAGUACUCUAUAUCAUAUCAAUAAGAUGUAUUAUCUAGCCUUCAAAAAUGAAGAUUGGAAUCUACAAUGUCAUUCUAUAAUUGUAUGUGUUAUUAAUUACAAAAUUGUCUAUCUUCUCUAAGGUGUCCCACUGUUUAUCUGUUGAUUAGCUUGUGGAAUUGCCGUUGGGGCAAGUCAAACAUGCUUGUAACCUUCUGCACUAUAAAAAUAUAAAUGUAAAAAAAUUUAAGAUUGGUAUUAUCCAGAGACAAAAAAAGCAGAGUGUAAGAGAGGACGUGUAGGGGAGCACCACAAGCAAUACUUACCAGCCCGGGGCCUACUUACAUGGCGAGUGCGGGAGGGCCAGCCGCUCUGCCACCGCCAUGACUAGCUGCCUCGGUGAAAAAGGGCCAUUGUUGUCCCGUCCCCCUCUGGACCGGCGGGGGUCUUCCUGGUCCAUUCACAUACGGGGAGCACACACCUCAGGGGCACCCUACACCGCAACUCCGACCAAACACCCCCAUGAGGACAAUCCAAGAUGGCUGAUGGCAGUGAUGCUGACUCGGAGCAACAGUCUGCCGACGACUGGGCGGAGGCCUUCCGGGCUAAAUUUGAUGCAGUCUGCCAGAAAUAUUGGGAGCGACUAGGGGAGAACCACAUCCGACGCCAACCACAACGGCACCGCACCAACGUGCAACCCCCCAAGCAAGGCCGAAGCACCCAGCUAAGGCGACCUCAACAGAGAAUUGGCUCACUGGCAGCACGGCCCGGUGGAGGAAGCAACCAAGGGGCACCGGCCGCUCAAAGCAGACAUGCAGAACACUAGCAACGAAGCCAAAACCACACUCGAGAAAACCCCAAGGACCCCCCCUCAACCCAAAAGAGAAACCAAAGCCACGACAAGACAAGCCUGACGGGACGAGGUUUACCACAAUCUAACACGUCUCCAACCAACGACAUCCCCCUACCACAGCCCGGGCCGGAGACACCUCAACUGAAACCCCAAACAGACCCACUUGACCGCUGCACCGCAAUGCGACAUCACGGACAUCCGCAACCCCAACGAGGUAUAGGGUGAGCAUCCAGGGGGAAUCGGGACAGUAGAUCCCCAGGCGGGGAGACCCCACACAGCACCCAAAGUCAUAGCGGGAACUCACAAUCUCAGGGGCACAAUCUUAUACCCCUAUCUAUGCCGGCUUAAUCGGAACGGGACUCAUGCCUGGGGGACCCCAGGGGACUUGAUUGUUAUUUUGUUGUUUAAUAUUACUCGGUUCACUCCUCUGCAGUAUUAAAUUUAUUGUGCAUCGUGCCAAAGCUUCACGAGCACACCCAACAAGACACACACAAACUCCUCUCACAUGUACUCCAUUACCAUGUCACAGCCGGUUCUACGACAUAUAACGUUGUUUUCACCUCUCACAUGACACGCUACAUGCCACCAGCUCCAAGCAUAACUCUUCAAUGCAUAUGGAGCCUAGUUGCCACACCAUCACUUAGCAAUGUAACAUAGCAUGUUAUGCCUAGGCUGCCAUAACUAGCUCCUGUCAUGUGAUGAUACUUUUCAUGCAACUUAAUGUAAUGGCUGUGUUCACGCUCUGUUAAACUAAACAACUACUACGAAACGGUGAUAUUUGUAUUACAAUGAAUGCUCAAGACCUAGCCUGUAUGUCACGUAAAAUCAAAGUGCACUAGUUUGUUUGUAUAGCUACUGUUAUAUGUAUGCAUAACCUGUGAUGUCCACAGCCUAGUUUAAGCCCUGUCCAAGCCUAAACACAGUUUAACACUACUCUUACAAAUCGAAUGCAUAAGCUAGCAAUAAUAUAAAAAUUACUGGCAACACGGCCUAGUAAUCACUUGUCCCGCAUGUUUAGCGAGGAAAAUGCCUAAGGACUGCUUUCGGGGCACCUCAUGCCUGCUUGUAACCUUUAUGUGCACUGCAAAAAAAAAAAAAAAAUGCAGAGUGUAAGGAUUUAUCCACUCUAAUAUGGAACCUAGAAAACAAAAAAAAAUACACAGACCGGUAAAUAUGGUUGUAUGAUACAUAACCAUAUAUUGCUAUUGUGGAAGGAUUUUUUUUUUUUUUUUAAAGCUAACAUUUCCAACAAUAUUCAGAAAUUUUGGAAUUAUUCUAAAAUUUUAAAAAUUUGGAAAAUCUAACAUUAGAAAACUGGAGGCGAGCAGGAAUAUAAAAGGUGUAUCAAAUUGUAGAAAAUAGCGCUAUAAAGAAAUUUGCAGAUCUGCAACAUAUCUAUUGUUUACCUUCACAGGAAGCAUUUAACUAUAUUCGAGUGAAAAGCAUUUUGAAAGAAUAUGCUUUGAUGGAAAGUAACGAAGUGGCAUCAAUGCUGGAAAAUAUACUCUUGCAGAAAGACAAUAAAAAAAAUGUUGGCUAAAUCUGCAAAAUUAAUUAAAUUACUAAAUAAUAAAAAACAGAAAAACAGAAAUAUUACUAUGUGGGAAAGAGAUCUGUAUCAGCAUUUUCUAGUUUUACUAAGAAUAUCCAUGAUCUCUCACUAAUAGAUAUGCACUUUAAGUGUAUUAAGAGAUGGUAUUAUGUUCCAACUAGAUUAGCCAAAAUGUUUUCAAAUUGAAAUAAUAAAUGGUGGAGCUGCGAGGAAGAAAUAGGCUUCUAUAUGCAUAUUUUCUGGGAAUGUAAAAAAGUACGUACUUUAUGGUCAUGGGCUUUUGAGUUUAUCAAAAAAGCACUAAGGAUAAGCGUUAAAAUCUUCCUGAAAGUUGCUUUACUAAAUAUGAACUUGUCUGAAUGCUCAAAAGAACAAGCAUAUUUAAUAACUCACACUUGUGCUUCAGUUAAAAUUUUAAUUGCAAGAGGCUGGAAGCAGAGCCAUGUUUUUUUCAAAAACAGCAUUUUCUAAUCAAUUCUUGUGGCAUCUUAAGAUGGAAAAUGGCUUGCGGGGGCGGCGGAAAAAACAAAUAUUAUAUCAGAUAAUGUCUUGGAACUAGCACAAAAAAUAUUGUAGUAGUUUCUUUUAUAUAGAAAAAUAGUGAAGCUGAAAUAACCUUUGUCCCUGGCUGGCAGCCAAUUAGAUUUAUGUUAUAUGUUUUUAAAUACAGGAGUUUUGUUCUGUUUUCUCUUUGGGAGUACAGGCAUGCUAUUGUAAUUAUUGUUGUUUUUUUUUGUUUUUUCCUUUGUGGUGUAAAGAUGUAAAGAACUUUAAUGCUUCAGUAAUUAUUGUUUUAUGGUUUUUAUGUCUUGUAAAUUUUUGUAAAAAAAAAAAAAGAAAAUCUUCCCGGAAAAGGAAAUUAAUAAAGAGUAUUAAACAAAAAACAAAACAAAUAUGGGUCGACCUAUAACCAUAUACUUUUUAUUAUGUAAUUUAGCAUAUUUAAUUUAUAUUGUAUAUACAUAUGAAUAUAUUGUUUUUUGUCUCAUAGAAUGUUGUCCAGAAUACUGCAGAAAGACUAUGUAUAUAUUCAAAAGGUAUGGUGACACUUUUUUUUUUUCAUAUCAUUUUGUGAAUGAAGCUUGAAUUGACAUGUCUUGAAAUAUAAUAAUCAUGUACAAUAUUAACAAAUCACUAAGUCUAUAAAUGAUGAAUUUAAGCAAGCAAUUCUUUAUUUAUCAAAUCUUAAUUUAUAUGUGUGUAUGUAUUCAAUAUACUCUUGGUUGGUUAAAUCUGGCCACAUUCCCUGAAUUUUCCAUUUUGUAUGCUACCUAAUAGACAACACAUUAUAAGCUUAUAAAAGGUUCUGAUUCUAUUUAGCUAUACAAAGAUGACAUAUUUUAUUGGCUUCAGUAAGAUCAGCCAAUCUUGUUUGCCAAAGUUUAUUUUCUACAGUGACGUUUUGAUAACAUGAUGGCCCUUGGCACUGAAAGCAAUAAUUCUGGGUGUUAUUAUUUAUUACAUAAGGGGAAUUUCUUUGUAGUAUGCUUAAUAUUUAGAGAGUGUUUUUAUUUUUCCCUUUCUAUAUAAAUCUUUAAAAGGAUACAUUAAGCACCACAGUGUUAACUUAAAGGGACACUGUAGGCACCCAGACCCCUUCAGCUCAUUAAAGUGGUCUGGGUGAUAUGUCCCUUUUGCACCUAAUGCUCCAAUGUUAAACAUUGCAGUUCCAGAGAACUUUAAUGUUUACAUUGCAGCACUAAGUCUGCCCUCAGUGGCUAUCUACCAGACAGCCACUGGGGGCGCUUCUGGAAUCGUAUCAGACUUUUGGUCCGUUAUCUGACACUGGAGGUCCUCACUCUCUGCAUGAGGACCUCCAGCGUCAUAUUUUUUCCCAUAGGAAAGCAUUGAUUCAAUGCUGCGCAUGCGUAUUAGACCCUGCUCAACGCGGGACGGAGGAGGGGGUGGAGCUUCAACUCAGCACCAAGGGACAUCUGCGCUGGGAUAACGUAAGUAAGUAAAGGGUUUUAAUCCUCUUAUUUACCGGCGAGGGCAUGAGGGUGGGGGGGAAGAAGUGGGAUCGGUAGUGCCAGGAAUACAGCUUUGUAUUCCUGGCACUACAGUAUCCAUUUAAUGAAGAAGUUUUGAUGUAUAGAUCAUGCCCCUGCAGUGUCACCGCCCAAUAUUACUAUAAGGGAAAUUAAAGGGACACUAUAGUCACCUGAACAACUUUAGUUUCAUUAAGCAGUUUUGGUGUAUAGAACAUGCCCCUGCAGCCUCACUGCUCAAUACUCUGCCAUUUAGGAGUUAAAUCCCUUUGUUUAUGAACCCUAGUCACACCUCCCUGCAUGUGACUUGCACAGCCUUCCAUAAACACUUCCUGUAAAGAGAGCCCUAUUUAGGCUUUCUUUAUUGCAAGUUCUGUUUAAUUAAGAUUUUCUUAUCCCCUGCUAUGUUAAUAGCUUGCAAGAGCCUCCUGUAUGUGAUUCAAGUUCAAUUUAGAGACUGAGAUACAAUUAUUUAAGGUAAAUCACAUCUGUUUGAAAGUGAAACCAGUUUAUUUUUUUUUGUUUGUUUGUUUGUUUGUUUUUGUUUUUUUAAAUGCAGGCUUUGUCAAUCAUAGCCAGGGAAGGUGUGGCUAGGGCUGCAUAAACAGAAACAAAGUGAUUUUAACUCCUAAAUGACAGUGAAUUGAGCAGUGAAAUUGCAGGGGAAUGAGCUAUACACGAAAACUGCUUUAUGUAGCUAAAGUAAUUUAGGUGACUAUAGUGUUCCUUUAAGACAUUAGAUUUUUCAGGAAGGUUGUAGGGAGAGUUACAGCCAGGCAUGCGGGUCACAGCAAGUAAAUAAAAUCCUAAAUGGCAGAGAAUUGAGCAGAUAGGGGCAUGAUAUAUACAUCACAACCACUUCAAUAAGCAAAGGUUGUUUCAGUGCUUAGUAUCCAUUUAGCUUUCUAUAAAUCCUAAAGGAAGAUUUAUGUUGGUUAUUGGGUCAAGUAUUCUUAUAGCCUCAAAAUGGACUGCUCUGUUUUUAACCUGUAACCUAUCCUUUCAUUUUUUCAAUAGAGUUUGAAAGCUGUUGAAGAAGCAGCAUUACCAGAAAAUCACCAGUACAACGAUGUUUUCAAUGACAUUUCCAUCCAUUACUUUCCUAUUCAAAAACUCAGGACUUUGCCCAAUGAAAUAUGGAAGCUGCGAGAGCAGCCUAAAUACUACGAAUGUGAUGAUCUAGAGAUCAUAAGAAAAUAGAAAUGGCAACAGUUCUGUUCUUCUGCAUACAUCCUACCCUAACAUUUAUGGAUCACACCUUGCACUGGAAGAUGAAAUACUGAAUGCUGAAGAUAUUCUCAUAGUCACAAGCUGAGGGUAUUUCAGCCAUAUGGAAGUUCAUCAUUUCGAAGACUGCACACAGAAAUCCAAAGACAAUGUAAUUUAUCUUCUAAAACAAGGUUUCUUGCAUUCAUGUAUAUUUCUUGUCUUUCCACUUAGUUUUGUGGUUUAAAAGCAUCUCAAUUUAUCUAAAGUAAAAAUAAUUCUUUGAUUUCAUAAUGUAUGUUGUAACCUACAAAGGAAGGUUAACAAUAUGGAAGGAAAGUCAGGCUCCUAAUGAUGCACACUAAAUUUUGUCACUCAUUCCUGCAAAGUAUACAGGUCUGCACGUUUCAUUUUUAUGCAGUUUUGAUUAAUAACUUCUGUGGAAGAAUCCUAAAUGAAGGGCAUAUUUACAAUAAAUGCAUGCAGUUUAGACAGAUGCAUAGCCAAGCAAUUUGAUUUUUUUUUUUUUUUAGUAAUUAUGACCACAUAAUGUUUUCUGAUGGCAUUUUGGGAGUUGGCAUUCCCAAAAUAUCUGCAUAAUCUUACCAUAUAAUCACUGGCAUGGUAUAUGCCUUUUUUUUUUUUCUUUUCUUUAACUUUUGUAUACAACUAUAAAACUACUAUUUCUGUUUUAUCAGAACCUUUUGAAACAUUAUAAUUUAAAAGCAACUUUGUAAUCUCUAAACCUUUAUAAUCACACACUGUUUCUGGAAAAUAAAAAUGGUAACUCAUUUUUAAUUUUAUAGGUAUCCCUAAAAAUAGACAUUUUACUUUUAGUUUUUUUUUUUUUUUUAUCAUAGCUACCAGUUACACAUGGAAGCUUUACUUUUGUACUUUUUAUAUAUUUAAUGAACUGGAGAAAUUUAGAGAAACUAAAAUGUAUUCUCUGAUAAAAAAUACAGAAUGACCAGUGGAUAAUAUUAAAGGGAUACUAUAGGCACCCAGACCACUUCUCAGUGAAAAGGUCUGGGUGUCCUGUCCCUGUCGUUUUAACCCUGCAAAUGAUAACCUUGCUGUUUCGUAGGCCAUAGAGAGCACUGGGUUGAGGGAGAAACCUUGGUUUACUGGGGUGGAGGGGUUAUACAUACGCUAUAGUGGUUUCAACAUAAAGGGAUACAGAAACGAGGGUAAAUUUAGAAAAGUGUGUGUGUGUGUCGUCGUCCAGAGGAAAAAAAAAAAUCCUGUGUCUGUGCAAUGAGAAAAAGGGCCCAAAGUUUCCUUCAGGUGCCUGAUUACAACACACAGCCACCGGUUUUACCCAUGCAAUAGAUAAACAACUCAAAAGUAGGUAAAUUACAUAUGUUAAAAAGAAAAAAAACCUUUAUUACGUCAUCAGACAUUUAAAAAACUAAUGUGAAAACCAAGUGAUCAAACAAAAUCAGUGCAAUGUGUGCUAGUGAAUAAAAAAAGGGGGAUCCAACGGAGCCUACCGUAAUAGAUCCAUCAUCUGACUGCUUCAAUUAAAGUUUAUGCUUGAGAGACGCUGUUCAAAUAUAUGAGUGUGCACAUGCGGUAAAGUAUCUCUGCAUGUAGCUAUUAGAGCUAAAACAGACUCAUUCAAGAUACAUUUGAAGUCACGAGGAUCUAUAAAAGUCUCUACUACAGAGACAUAACAGCUAUAAUAGCUAUACGUAUAUAUGGGUUAGGGUAGAUAGCUGUAUAGAGUAAAGUAAAUGAUUGGUAGAUAAGAGGAGAUAACAGCUUAUAUCCCUUUAAAAUACUCCUAAGUACUAUAUAUGUAUAAGGGCUAAAAUAGAUAACUAUGAAGAGUACAGUAAAUCACAAUUUAUGUCCCUUUGAAAUACCCCUAGAUAUUGUAUUGCAGUGUAUAUAGGGGUGUAUCUGGGAAUAGCAGGAAAAAUCUAAAUGGGUGCAGCAAAGAUUAUUGCCCCACUAGGUUAAACAAACAUGCAGAUUCCCAGGUAAGAUACCACAUCCCCCAGCAUACACGGGAUAUGGGGACUAUAAGUGGACCUCCAUGUCCCUCUAUCAGUUUAAAUAUGGCUAAGAUAGUGCAGUUAAAUAUCCAAGACUCAGUACUGCAGAAGGAACUAUCUUAUAGUGUAGCUCAAAUAAGUAGCAAAGUAUCUGGAAAACAAAAAUUAGAUACAGUUUCCCAAUUAGACACUUAGUACUGGGCUACAGAUUCAAUCAUAUCCUGUCUGCUGUACAGUGUUCCGAGGAGAAAUACUAACUGUCUGGUUGGGGCUGAUUAAUUAGCUGCAUUGCAUUAAAAAACUCAGGAUGUCUGCCAGAUUUGAAAUGCUAUGCUGACUAGCAAAUGCCAUAUACGAGUACCAAGUGGAUAAUCUGCAAUCCCUAGAAAUAGCCUGAGUUAGGUUAGCUCACAUAGUACUAGCUAGUAUAGAGAUAGGUAGGUUCCAUUAGAAACCCUAAUUAAAAUAAAAUAAAGCUUAAAUGCAGCGUCGUCCCCCUCCCACCACUUCUCCAACUUUCUUCUCAUGUUUCUUCUUUCUGAUGUUAUAGUCAGUGGGUAUUGCCACAUCUUCUAUGACUACAGUCUUCUAUUCCUUGUCUACCACAACAAUCUCAAGUUGGUUGGUCAGUACUUGCUUGUCUGUCUGAAUCUGGAAGUUGCACAGCAUUUUAAGGAUCUUAGCCCCUUCAUUCUCAAUUACCCUUUGUGGUAUGUCCCAUUUGGACUUAGGCUGUUCCAGUUCAUAUUCUGAGCAGAUGUUUUAGUACACAAUUCCAGCAACUUGGUUGUAUCUCUCAGUGUAUGCUGUUCCUGUUAACAUCUUGCAAGCAGCCACUAUGUGCUGGGUUGUCUCAGAGACCUCUUGAUAUAUGUGUAUGAAUUUCCACGAUUAUUCACUAAAGUGUAGAUUUUGGGAAACUCAUAUCUUAAUGUGUUUUAUUUGGCACAAACAUCAACGAUCAAAUUGAUUACCAAAUCACUCUUCAUAAUAGUCUCCCUUACAUAGAGUCACUUACUUGAAAUUACAUUUAUUUGAUAGUGAACUUAUUAUAUUAUUCAAAGAUAGAUCUUUUCCUGGGAUAGAAAACAAUCAAACCUUUUCUGUGUGCAUAUUUAUAUAUGCAUGAAUGUAUCAUGCCUGUGUGAUGUUUAAAUCCCAAUCCCAGGAAUUGCUCAGGAGAAUCCUAUUCACACUCCCAACUGACCUUGGACAUAGGUAACAUCUGAAAUAACAAACCGUAAAAUAACCAACAUUCUCAACGAGACUGGGCUCUUUGUUUUUCAGGCUUUCUGCACAGUCUAUAUCCUUCGGGAAAAUUUAAAUCAAGUUGGUGUACUGUUUUUGCUUUCCCAACUAUCUUACUGAUAAUUUUGAGACCUCUUACUUGGUUCCCAAUGGAUGUUGAAUAUUAAAAUAUGUAUUAUGUUUCAGUGUUGCUUGGUUUUCCUAGGUCCUAUAAUGAGCUCUGCCCUUUUUUCCCUGUUUAUAGUUAUAGAAUGAUUUAGUCUGCUUUACAUCGCCAUUGUAAAACUCUCCAGAUGUUUGAACAGUAUACAGUUUAAUAUUAAUAAUACCGCCAUAGUGCAGAUUUUUUUUACCAUCUGUAAAUGUUUGGAAUACAUAUAUCUUUACUACUUCUUAAAUAUUCAUGCUAUUUGAUGAAUGUACAAUUGUAUUAAUUUCUAUGGGAGCAAAAUAGGUGUAGUUGUUUAUUCUUU